GGAACGGGUGGGGGAGGUUCGGCAGCACUCCGCGAGUCGCUGCCUUCGCUGUGCAGGUAGUCUCGUGCUCGUUGUCCACGUUCUUCGACCACGAUCGACUCCAACCGAACGCGUUCUCCUUUCUUUGGUUCUUCUACACACUUUUCUGAAACUCUUACUUCGUCAGAAUCUUCUGAUGUAUCAGUGAUAUUAACACGAUUUGAAACGAUCGGUAAAUGUCUUCAAAUCGUUUCGAUACAAUGAUUUUAUCAUCGUUAGGAGAAAUAAACGUUUGAGGAUAGUUGAACAAGUGUAAAGAGGAAAAGUGAAGAAAGAAAUUACAGUGAUUCGUAUAUUAUUCAGAAACAUCUUAGGAGUGAUUUGCUCUUCAAAAAAAGUGAACAGUGAAGUGAUAUUUUGAGAUAUUAUCUUAUACGUUCUUUUUAUGAAGCGUAUCGUUUGUCUGCUAGUUCGCCUUUCACUCUUCAAGGUACCAACAACAGAAUGAUUUCUUGAAAUGAUCAAAGAAGGACGAAUAGUUUAACGAAAGAUCCAGACAAAUUUAUGAUGUUUGAAGGGUAGAAUGGCAACCACGUGAUAUUUCUUUCCUUGAUCCUUGAGUUUAUCGACGUAUUACAUAAGGAUAGAAAGUCUUUGGUAUUCCCAACUCGAUUGCUGCAACUUUACUCUGCCAAGAAAAAAGAAUGCAAAUGCCGAGAAAACGUAUGAAGAAUGUAUCGAUCAUUGUGACGAUCUUCAUUACAAUGUGAAAGGAAUAUAUUCUUCAUCUUUGUGAUCCUCGAAGAAUCAGCGAAAUGUUGAAGUGGAUAAAAAUACGACAGGACAUAUCGUCCACGACUUCUUCAAACUCCUCCGUCUCAUCAGCCUCGUCUCAACGUUUCAAAGAGGAAGAUAGGAUUCAAAAUGAAGUCACGACGAAGAAAGAAGAUGAAGAGGAUAGCGGAAUGGAGAGGGAAGAUUCACCCUCGAACAUGGACCUAAACGAUCUGAAGAAAGAGCUGUUCUCGGAGUUGCAGUCCUCACAAAAAAGUGCCUUGCCACCCGACACGUUACGUCGCGCCCUCGCCGAGAGCUUUCUCGAUCAGCAAAGGUUUCAGCUUGGAUUUAUGGACGAUGCUGCGGAAUGUUUCGAAAAUAUUCUGCUACGUAUUCAUUUGCAUAUAGCCAGCGGACAAGCGGAGGACAUGUGUAGCGCUGGACAUUGCGUGCCACAUCAAAAAUUUGCCAUGACCCUCGUCGAACAAAGCGUUUGCGGUGCGUGCGGAGCCACCUCGGAGCCUUUGCCCUUUACGCAGAUGGUCCAUUACGUGUCAGCGUCAGCAUUAACGUCACAAGCUCGUCAAACUCAAGCUAACUCACGAACGAGUCCGGAUCUUUUUGGUCAACUUUUAAGAAGAGCCGGUGGAAUGGGAGACAUUCGUGAUUGUCCAAGUUCGUGCGGUGCGAAGAUCCAAAUCUGCAGGACGCUUAUAAAUCGACCGGAAAUAGUUUCCGUAGGGGUUGUUUGGGACAGCGAACGACCGUCCUUAGAUCAUAUAAUGGAUGUAUUCGCUACGGUAGGGACAUCCCUUCGGCUCACUGAUGUUUUUCAUAGCGUUGUUGAUUCAUCUUGGGGUGCCUCAACGACACAUAAUCUUGUUGGGGUUGUCACUUACUAUGGAAAACAUUACUCCACUUUCUUUUUUCAUACUAAACUCAAGGUUUGGAUUUAUUUCGAUGAUGCCACAGUUAAAGAAAUAGGACCACGAUGGGAACAGGUAGUUGAGAAAUGUAGAAGAGGUAGAUAUCAACCCUUGCUACUACUUUAUGCAACGCCUGAUGGGACUCCGGUAAAUACCGAAAAUGCUCCGAAAACUGUCACUCGAUUUCCAAGUGGAAACAUAUUGAAAACACCACCGAAGAACAACGUUCGUAGAUCCAUCACACCUAGUCCAGAAAAACCUUCGAUCAACAGUACAGCCAGACGUGCCAUUACUCCUAAUCCGGAUAGUCCUCCUCAUCUUUACGCUCAGCGAAUUUACAGUGAUUAUCAAAAUCUUACAGACAUACAGAACAACAUCUUUGAUAAUCAGGGUGUUGAUGUAGUUGAUGGAGAAACCGAAUCGAAAUAUAUAAGCCGUAGAACAGUUGAGAGCGUCAUGCAACAACAAAAGAAGCAACAAAUGCAAUUAACUAGAAGUCUUAGUGCUGGCUCAACACCUUCGGACGGGAUUAGUAUACCGGAACAUUUAAACGUGCCACGAAGACGGGACUCUGGGAAUUGGUCAGGUGAUAGAAAUAGUGCAUCUUCCAGUUCGUCCACGACCAUGGAAAAUCCUUACUUGUAUUUUGUCAACAAAGUCCAGAGAAACUCUGGAGUUCCUAAAAGUCCAACCAGCAAGUCUGGUGAAUUGUCCAGUAGUAGUAGUGGGCAUUAUGAUGCUGGGUAUGAUUCCUACUCAUUGUCUUCUACGGAUAGUCUUCCACUUCAACAGGGUCUUAAGCACAAUCUACAGCUUGCUCAAAUUCCUGAAGGCUACCAACCUUCAUCGAAAGAUGAUUGCGAACGUCUUUGCAAGGAAACGGACGCCCUUAUGGACAAAUCUCGAGCUGCCGAGGAAGCUGGAGAUCUCAGCACUGCUGUAGCAUUGUACAAAGCAGCUAGUAACAAAGCCAGAGCUGCGAUGGAAGCACCGUACAACAAUGAUCAUACAAUUUCGAACGCGAGAAUGAAACACAAUACUUGCGUGAUGAAGACUAGAAGCUUGCACAGAAGAAUGUUACAAGAGCAAACAUCAGCUAACGGAGAGAAAGAAGAAGGAGCAGUUGAGGGUAGGCAUUCGAGAGAAAACAGUAAGUCUGGUCAACAUUCUCGACAGAGUUCACGGGACAAGGGUAAUCAUUCUCGACAGAAUAGUCGUGAACUAUUGGUGAACGCGCCAGUAACAGUUGUGGAGAAACCAACGACGAAGAGUAUCGAGAUUUAUGCGACUCUACCGAAGAAGAAGACGUUGAGAAGUAAGGCUACCGCUGUGAACGUCAUCGAGGACGAGGAGUAUAUGCUCCAUGAUCGGCCAAUUCAAAGAACAGGAUUGUUUGGACGAACAAAGCGCUGCGACGAUGAUAAAAAGGAUAAGAAACGAGCUAGGAGCGAAGAAAGAAAUAAAAACAUAUCGAAAGAUUUUUCCAUAGCACCUUCACGCACUUCACCCUCCCCGAAAGGUAUUAAAUCGAUUGAGAAGCCAAAGGAGAAUAUCGAGGUUGGUACAACCAGCCUAAGAGUUUCUCAACAAAAUAACGUGAACGUGACUGAGCAGAAACAGGGUAAAAAGCAGCAUAAGAUUCGUAGAAAGUUAUUGAUGGGUGGGCUGAUAAAAAGAAAGAACAGAAGCAUGCCUGAUUUGCGAGAAGGACAGGACAAUCAGACGAGUAUUAACGUGGAAGGUACCUCGAAUACUUUGCCAAAGCAAUCCGUGGAUGAUUCAAAUGUUGGUUUAAAGGGUAACGAAAUGGCACAAUCUUUGAGUGGUUAUCUGUCCGAAGGUCAUUUGGAAUUCGCUGGCAAUGCCAACAAUAGUCUUGCGAAUACGAGCAAUCCGAAUUUGGAAAGAAGUCGAUUAAUGAGGAAGAGUUUCCACGGCAGUGCCGGUAAAGUGUUACAUGUAGCGAAGGUACCACCCCCACCUCCUGUUAGAACCACUUCUCAGCUUAGCAAGUCUAAGUGUUCGGGUGAAGUGCAUAGCGAUCAGCAAGCCGACAAGUCCACGUAUUCAUCGUCAGACGGACAAUCUAGCUCAGGAACAGGAUCCCAAGAUCAGAAUAACGGCUACUGGAAUCACAUGAACGCUGGAAAUUCGUCGAAUUCGUCGAAUCGUAGUUCUAAUUAUGCCGAUUAUUCGACAGAAUCGCAUUCUUUACCUUUCAUUCCGUCCUAUGGUAUAGAACAAAGCGGACAUUCUGCCAAUGUUCAGACUAACUAUAACAACAAGCCUAGAAUUCAGGACGAUGUUGUUCAAUAUGCUAAUGGUAUUCUUUAUGAGCCUACCUAUGUAAUUACUCGUGCAGAUGUACACAGCGAACAAAGUCCUAUAAAACAGCAAGGUUCUUUAGAUUCUCUUCCACCAUAUCCGGAAAAUGGAAACGUUUCUCAUUCGAGACAACCGAGUGAAGAGUUUCCGCCCCCUCCAUAUCCAUCUAUUCAUUCAGUGUCACAUUCCAGACAAGCUAGUGAAGAUUUUCCACCUCCACCGCCACCUAUCGAUGAGAGUAAUAUUGGACACGUUCAAGAGAGUCAACAGCAAUCACUUCAGCAACAGUUCGUGUCGACUCAGCAACGUCAACACCGACUAGAGACUCAACAGAUCACUACUCUUUUCGCUCAAUUGCAGAUGAAGAACGAACAGAUUUUAACUUCGGAUUCGAAGGAUUUAAAAACUAGCGAGGAACAGGAAAAAGAAGAGAAAUCCUCGAGCGAGACUUGGUUGAAGGAACUCCAAGCUAAACAGGCAGAAAAACGAAUGAAGAAGCAGGUUUCGCUCGAACAGGAUAUACCAAAAAUUAGGUCUCCAUCUGUCAAUACCAAUCAAAUGUCAAGCAUAGCAAGAAGAACUAGCGAUUUGAUGAUGAAUAGUCUUGGAUAUGAUACGGUAGGCCGGGAUGUUACCGAUUGUCCUAGAGUAGUGUCAUCUGUCAAGGACAUGGCAGCAAGAUUUGAACAGAACAAAUUACAAAUCAGCUCGAAAGUAGACUCUGAACCUAAAAAUCUUGUGAAACAAUCCAAUUCAAAUUCUAUCGUUACUCCUGCGAUCGAUACGUCUCACGAACAUCAACAACAAGUUGAAGAGACGCGAUUGAAAUAUUCUUCGGAUAGUUUGAACGCUUUCCCUAAAGUGAAUAAUUUCACGAAUCAAACAAUUCCAAGUCCAAGCUUUGAAUCCACGACUAAUCAAGAUAAUUACAUAUCAACGAUGACUUCUGAUAAUUCCUGCAAUGUUCAACAGAGUGGAUUAAAUGCAGCCAUUCUCUCGAUGUCCUUAACAUUACCACAUGAGAAUGGAUUACCUAUCGAUUAUCCCGAAGAUGAUAUCAGCGAGGUCGCCAUGCAAAAUACCAUUCAAAACAAAACUAUAUUACCGAACGAAGAGGAUAUCGAAUUGAGAAAAGUUAAGAGGAGGAUAGGUAAAAAGAAGAGCGUGUCGUUUUGCGAUCAAGUAGUUCUUGUUGCUACAGCUGAAGAUGACGAAAAAGAUUCGUAUAUACCUAAUCCCAUUUUGGAAAGAGUUUUACGAUCUGCCAUGAACAAGCCAGAAUCUGCUCAAGUACUUCGUGAAAUUAGGAAUCUUCAGGAAGCUGAAAUGAACAGGGAAAGUACACCAAGAUUCCAGCAACAAACACUUCCUCUUAAAUGCGAGGCUGACAGUGUACCGGCGACCCCGUUCCAGGAUCAAUUGAGAAGCGUCAAUCCAAUUUCGAUUCCUGAAAAUAUCAAGCCGACGUUCGGCAGACAAAAUUCUAAUGAUUCCAUUGGUUCAAUAGUAGACAAAAAAAUGUGUGCAUCUUAUAAUUCUGAAACACAGGAUAUAAGUAGAGAAACGUAUCCGGGUAUGAUUAUGUCUGCAUCGAAUCCACCACCAACUUCAUAUUCUCCACAACUUCAACAACAAAUACGUUACUCUCAAAAUGGAUAUCCGCAGUAUUUGCCAUCACAAUCUUCCUACACGCAAACUCAAACGUCACAUCCUAGAAAUCAAAAUGUUCCAUUAUCGCAGACACAGAAGCCAGCUAGUCCUUAUCCUACACAGAUGCAUGGUAAUCAGUAUAUACCGUCCGUGUCUCAGCAGCAAAAGAAUUUGUGUCAGAAGAACACUUAUCAGAAAUAUUAUCAAUUGGAACAGCAACACAAUCAGAUGAACAAGCAAUUAUCAGCUAGUGGAUUACAGCAGCAUCAAAACGGCCUUAAUCAGAGGAUUUCCAAUCAUAAUGCUAGUCCGAUAACUGUUCAGUAUUCUCAGCAACAAUUGAGCUAUCCCUCGAAUCAAUCGCCAAGCCCAUAUCCGAAUCAAUACCCUCAUAACAAUUGUCAGAAUUAUCCUUAUCAAUCAGUGCCUCAAUCAAAUAGGAUCAAUCAACCCUUACCUCAGUAUCAACCACCACCUAAUCCACUAUCGUCGACGACGUUAUCUUAUCAACAGAAACAACAGAACGUUCAUAAUUAUCAACAGAGAUACGACAAUUAUCAAAGACCAUCCCAAAAGGAUCAGCAAAACGUUUUAGCACCUAAUCAAACUUAUCCUAAUCCUUUACAAAGUGGACAAAUCCAAUCGAACAUGAAAUAUCCAGCUUAUCAACACCCACCUCCUCCUAAACAAAACAAACAAAUCCAUUUUCUUUCUAGUUCGAAAAGUAGCUCACCGAUUAGCCAAACAACGUCUUCCAUGCAGAAACCAAGCGUAGUUGCUUCGUUAUCAUCUAGGAGCGUACUUUGCGAUCUCUGUCGACAAAAACAGGUGAUGGAACCUGCAAAAUAUUGUUCCGAUUGUGAUUUUUACAUGGCUCGUUUCCAGCCAAAAAAUUGAACUCGUGUCCAUAGUGUCAACUUAAAAUUCGCCGUUAGGUGUUACGUUAAUAGACUUUAUGGAAUAGUGUUCUUUGUUAUGCCACCGAGCUUGGGACUACCUAGCGUCAUAUAUUAUUAUUAAUCCGUUACUGGUAUUAGUAGAAAUUUUGUCACGAAAUUAUAGUAGAUUUGCAUGAUUUACUUGAAUUAAUGUUCAAAAUUUUUCAGAUAAUUAAAAAGAAAAAAAAAGAUGUAACAAGUAUCAAACUGAAGAGCUCAGAAAAAAACAAUUAUUGAGAUCUGACAAACCUCAGUUUACCAGUUACAGAUUAAGAUAAUCAUUCUGUAUAUACAUAAACUAAUUAUUAGAUUCUGUAACAUCGAAUCAAAGACCUUCAUCGAGCAGCUAUUAACUCAUUGACAUUCGUAUUACAGUAUGUGUAUUAUGUAUAUUAUUUUUAUGUCUUUUAGUUUUUUCUUUUUUUUUUCUAGUUGUAGUUUUUUUUAAUUCAUCGCCAUACGGUAACGUAAUUCGUAUACCGUAUAGAGGUAGACAAAAUUUGCGAAUCGCAUAUAAAUCUGUUAGAUUAACAGGAAUCCGUUUUUAUAAUUUUAAUUAUCUAUUGUGUAAAUAACUUACACUAUCGUUCUCGAAUUUUAUAAUAUAGCUCUACAAAUUAUUAUUAUUAUUAUCGAACAAUUUUGUCAAUUAGAGUGUAUUUCCGAAUCUGUUACAAACAAACAAUGGUAUUACGAGAUUAGUUAGUGGAAAGAAAAUGCAGAAUUGUGAUACUAGCAGUGCUACGUAGGAUUUACUCCUAAGUUAGGAUAAAAUACGUAGGGAGAUAAUUCGGAUAAAGAUAAUUAGAAAUUAAGAAAGAUAGAAAGAGAGAGAGAGAGUGUGUGUGUGUGUGUGUGUGUAUGUGCAUGUGCAUAUGUAUGAGAGAGAUAAAAAAAAACCUUGAUCUCCAAGUAAGCGUGAAUUUUAUUUUAUGUUAAUGAAUGUUAAAAUGUUACAUAUUAUUGUACUUAUGUAUCAUGUUACGUCAUACUCUCGUUUAGAUCAAUGUACAAACCUUCGUUUUAUUUUACUUUAUUUUUCUUUUUUUUUAUACUUUUUGUAUAAGUAUUUUGUUUUAAAAAUACUUUAUCUUUUUUCUUCCAUACACAAAUGUUUACUUUU